AAAGAAAAAGAUGCAUUAGAAGGUGAAAAGAAUAAGGCGGUUGAAUUUCUCAACAUGGAGAAUGAAACUUUUAAGAUGAAGAAUCAGGUCUGCCAGUAUUACAUACAUGAAAUGCAGAAACGUAUUCAGGAGGAAGAGCAAAAGAAAGAAAAGGUGCAAGAAGAAACUAAGGAGAUCAGUGAAAAAAGCAGUGUCCUUGCUGAGGAAAUGAAGGCAAAGAACAAAGCUUUGAAAGAUGUGGAGAAGGAAAUGAAUAAAAUCAACAAAUUUGUUGAGGACAGCAGGGAGAAAUUUACUCAGUUGGACUUGCAAGAUGUUGAUUUACGGGAGAAGCUCAAACAUGCAAAGAGUAAAGUAAAAAAGCUUCAGAAGCAGCUUCAAAAGGACAAAGAAAAGGUGGAAGAAUUAAAGAGUGUUCCUGCUAACAGUGAUAAAAUUAUUGAAGAGGCUACCAGUAAAAAAGGAACCCUUGAGAAACAGAAAGAAAAGGAAGAAGAGAAGUUACAAGAAGUUAUGGACAGUCUUAAAAUAGAAACUCAAGGCUUACAGGAGGAAAAGGAGGGUAAAGAGCGAGAACUGAUGGAGUUGAAUAAGAAUGUGAAUGAAACGCGGUCAAAGAUGGAUGUGGCCCAGUCUGAGCUGGAUAUUUAUUUAAGUCGACAUAAUACAGCCUUGUCUCAGCUUAACAAAGCAAAGGAUGCAUUAAACACAGCAUCAGCAACAUUAAGGGAACGAAAAACUGCUAUCAAAGAACUGGAGACCAAACUGCCAAAAGCAGAAGAAGAUCUUAAGAAGAAAGAGACUGAGCUGGAAGUGCUUGCACAAGAAGAAAUCACUGUGAAGAGCGAGGUCAGAGAGAUCAGACAAAAGGUGGAAGAGUCCAGAAGUUCCCUGUCUGCAAAUUGCAGCAAGGGAAAGGUUCUUGAUGCUCUGAUUCAGCAGAAAAAACAGGGAAAAAUUCCUGGGAUCUAUGGCAGAUUGGGGGACCUUGGAGCUAUCGAUGAAAAAUAUGAUGUUGCCAUUUCCUCAUCAUGUGGAGCUUUGGAUCAUAUUGUGGUGGAUACUAUUGACACAGCUCAAGAGUGCGUUAACUUUUUGAAGAGACAGAAUGUUGGAGUUGCAACAUUUAUUGGCUUAGACAAGAUGAAUGUGUGGGAGAAAGGAAUGAAUAAAAUACAAACCCCGGAAAACAUCCCUCGUUUGUUUGAUAUGGUGAAGUGAAGGAUGAG